AGAGAGAGCAGAGAGAGAGAGAGAGAGAGAGAGAGAGAGAGACAGAGAGACAGAGUAGAGAGAGAGAGAGAGAGAGAGAGAGAGAGAGAGAGAGAGAGAGAGAGAGAGAGAGAGAGAGAGAGAGAGACAGAGAGAGAGACAGAGAGAGACAGAGAGAGAGACAGAGAGAGAGAGAGACAGAGACAGAGAGAGACAGAGAGAGAGAGAGACAGA